CGACUGACAUUCAGUCAACUGCAACCAGCGCUAAUCGAAACAAAAUGCAAACCAUUCUCCGCCUUCUGCUACUGUUCGGAUUAAUCUAUACCGCGAUCGGUGCAUCGGGUAUAUUUCAGAGUAUAAACAUAGGUGGCGGUGGAGAAGGAGGAACCAGAUCGACAGGUAGCAACGAUGACUGGAGCGAUAGUGUUCACAACUCUGAUGUCGAUAGGGCUCUGAAGCUACUGGAAACAUUGGAUAACAGUGGCAAUGAUAGAAACAAUUGGGGAAACGACGCCGUACAAGCAUCUGGAUUCGAUGCCGAUCGAGAUUUAGGUGGAGAUGAUUCGAAUGAGGAUGCCCGCGGAUUCCAAUUCAUAAACUUAGGUUAAGUGGCUGCCACGAGAAAAAAACGUACUUA